CUGGGUAACCCUGAGGUAGUGGUGGGACGCCGAGGCUGGAGGGGCAGCAACUGCGGGGGUAUUUCCAUUUUAACAGGGAAUAAUCCCUAAACCCAAAGGAAUGAAUCCCUAAUGGUGGCGUUUCAGGCAUCAGUGACAGGCUGAACCCGGACUUCCAGGGCCCAUGCUUACACCGGACAAAUUAUGGCCUGAGCUAUGAGCACACAGGACUACAUGAACACUUCGGUGCAAGAGCCCCCUCUUGACUACUCCUUCCGAAACAUCCAGGUGAUUCAAGAUCUGAUGAGCGAGGAGCCAAGGAAAGGGCAGCGACCACUAAAGCACUCGAAGUCAGGGAAGUCACUGACGCAGUCCCUGUGGCUGAACAACAAUGUCCUCAAUGAGCUGAGAGGCUUCAACCAUGUAAUCGCACAGCUGCUGCAGCAUCCAGAGAACCUGGCCUGGAUUGACCUGUCUUUCAACGACCUGCCUUCCAUUGACCCUGUCCUGACCACUUUGUUCAACCUGAGUGUCCUCUACCUCCAUGGCAACAGCAUCCAGCGUCUCGGAGAGGUGAAUAAGCUGGCCACCCUCCCUCGGCUCCGGAGCCUCACACUCCAUGGGAACCCCAUGGAGGAAGAGAAGGGGUAUAGCACCCCAUGGACUGCCCCCUCCUGUCCUAUGCUCCGAUCUUCCUCAAGCAGGAGCCUCCAGCCCAGGGACCAGGUAGGGACCAUGUCUCCUGCCAUUGCACUGGCCUUCCUGCCACUGGUGGUGACAUUGCUGGUGCGGUACCGGCACCAUUUCCGACUUCUGGUGCACACGGUCUUGCUGCGGAGCCUCCGAGACUACCUGUCAGGGCUGCGGAUUGAGGAACGGGCCUUCAGCUACGUGCUCACCCACGCCCUGCCGGGGGACCCUAGCCAAAUCCUCACCACCCUGGACCACUGGAGCAGUCACUGCGAGUACCUGAGCCACAUGGGGCCUGCCAAAGGUCAGAUCCUGAUACGGCUGGUGGAAGAGAAGGCCCCUGCUUGUGUGCUGGAGCUGGGUACCUACUGCGGAUACUCCACACUGCUUAUUGCCCGCGCCCUGCCCCCGGGGAGUCGCCUUCUCACUGUAGAGCGGGACCCGCGCACAGCAGUGGUGGCUGAAAAGCUCAUCCGCUUGGCUGGCUUCGACGAGCGCACGGUGGAGCUCAUCGUGGGUAGCUCAGAGGAGGUGAUCCCGCGCCUACGAACCCAGUACCAGCUGAGUCGGGCAGAUUUGGUACUCCUGGCACACCGGCCCCGAUGUUACCUGCGGGACCUGCAGCUUCUGGAGGCUCAUGCUCUGCUGCCAGCUGGUGCCACUGUGUUGGCUGACCAUGUGCUCUUCCCUGGUGCACCCCGCUUCCUGCAGUACGCCAAGAGCUGUGGCCGCUAUCGCUGCCGAAUCCAUCAUACUGGCCUCCCAGACUUUCCUGCCAUUAAGGACGGCAUAGCCCAGCUCACCUAUGCAGGACCUGGCUGAGGUCUAGGGGUACUUACUGCUGCCCCACCUCACCCCCACCCAGGCAAGGACCUCCGAACAUCCCUUCCCCUCCCUGCUUGUGGCCUGACACAUGCUGGGCUCGGGGUUGGGGAGACUCUCCUCCUACCUCUGCCUCACUCACCUGAGGCAUUAAGUUCUGUCAGACCGCUCGGUCCCACUGAUCCCCCUUCUUCCAGAAAAAGCCAUGAAUUGACAGGCAAAGGCCUGAGCUCCCACCCCAGCUCUGUCACUGAUUUGCUGGGUGGCUCCAGGGGAGUCCCUGCCCUGCUGAGACUUAAUCUGCUCUCUUAACACCAACAAAACUGGCUGGGAGAGCUCUAGAGGCUUCCCAGCUCUGGACCUCAGAAAGCCUGCCCUCCCCAGCCCAUGCCAUUGUGGACGUGAUGAAAAGAAACAGUAAACUCUGAGUCAGAAGCCCUGCAGGAAAGGCUGGUGCAAUCUGGGCCCUGGCCUUCCCUAGCCCUGGCCCACAUGGCCAGGU